CAUAACCUUCUAUUUCCAUACCAAACAAAAACAAAGAAAAAAUGGCUCCAAAGAAAUAUUACUGGAAAUUUCUAUUUCAAGGAUGUUUCAAAUUUGAGAAUCCAUUUCCACUUCAAAAAUUUCAGCUUCCAGAGCCAAAAAUUAAUGUUUUUCAUCAACUUACAUCUCAAAGAUUAUCUCUGUCAGAUUUAAGCAACUCUGGAUCACCAUUAUCUUUCACUGAUUUCUCAAGUUCUGUGUUUAAUCUCUAUGUUUUCACACUUAAAGAGCUGAAAACCGUAACUCAUAACUUGUCGAAAAGUAAUUAUCUCGGUGAAGGCGGAUUUGGAAGUGUUUAUAAAGGGUUUAUUACUGAUAAACUUAGGCAUGGAUUAAAAGCUCAAUGUGUUGCUAUUAAAGUCUUGGAUUUGGAUGGCUCUCAAGGUCAUAGAGAGUGGCUGGCCGAGGUAAUAUUUCUAGGGCAACUAAAGCAUCCCCAUUUGGUGAAUUUGAUUGGAUACUGCUGUGAGGAUGAACACAGGCUUCUAGUUUAUGAGUACAUGGAAAGAGGCAACUUAGAGAAUCAACUAUUUAAAAGGUACACUGCAGCUUUGCCUUGGUUAACAAGACUAAAAAUUGCGCUUGGAGCAGCAAAAGGCCUUGCUUUUCUCCAUGAAGAAGAAAAACCUGUCAUUUACCGAGAUUUUAAGGCCUCGAAUGUGUUAUUAGACGCGGAUUUUAAUGCAAAGCUUUCAGAUUUUGGACUAGCAACAGAUGGUCCUGAAGGAGAUCAAUCACAUAUUACAACUCGCAUUAUGGGAACCGAAGGCUACGCUGCCCCAGAAUAUAUAAUGACCGGUCACUUAACAAGCAUGAGUGAUGUAUUUAGUUUCGGAGUAGUACUCGUCGAGCUACUGACCGGUAGGCGAUCACUCGACAAGAACCGUCCGUCUAGAGAGCAAAAUUUGGUAAAAUGGGCAAGGCCCAUGUUGAAAGAUCACCAUAAACUCCACCAAAUAAUAGACCCAAGACUAGAAGGGCAGUACUCUAGAGAAGGUGCCAUAAAGGCAGCAGCAUUGGCCUAUCAAUGCCUGAGCCACCACUGUAAGUCUAGACCAAGUAUGAGUCAUGUGGUCAAGACCUUGGAACCUUUGCUCGAGUUGAAUGACAUACCAAUUGGACCAUUUGUGUACGUUGUUCCGAGUGAUCCAGCCAAUAACGAAAUUAAUGAACAAGAAAAACAAUCGGAUUUGAACGAAAAGAGUCGAAAUCGGAAUGAGAAAGGUCGGAGGCAUAAACGAAGAAUUAAGCCAUUGAAGUCUAGAGCUGUGCAUUCUGAUACUACUCUUUAUAAGACUUUGGGUACUAGUUUGUAUUCUUCUAGGGAGUAAAUUGCUCUUUUUGAAAGCUUAGAUACUAGUUUGUAUUCUCAUAGGGGGUAAAUUUUGUACAUUACAUUACUUAUGCUCAAUUAUUUGUUUACUUAUUAAUUUUGAAUUUAAGGAAAUUUGUUAUCA